UAUAGAUUUAUCUGGCCAUUACUGCUGAAUUAUAAAAUGACUAGACAUUCGAUCCUAUCUGACAUUAUCAGGGUCACACCAGAACAAGUCAGAAUGAUAAGAGGGAUUCAAAUACUGGCUGUUAUAUUUUUCAGCCGACUUGGUUUCUCAGCGAGCCAGAAUUAUUGCCAGAUUAACCACUGGCCAGACGGACAUCACCCUCACCCCACCUACUGUGACAGGUACGUAACCUGUACUAACGGACUGAUUGCCAUUGUGACCUGUCCACCUGGAUCAUCCUAUGAUGCAAGACUAAACAGCUGCAGCUACACAACUACCGAAAAAUGUAACGACGCCGUAACCAAUACCACAGUACCACCAGGUGAGGACUGGUGCAGAAUCUAUGACUGGGCUACAGGCAAACAUCCACACCCCAACACUUGCGCACUGUAUGUGGAAUGUUUCAACCACAUUACAGUCAUAAGGGCGUGUAACUCCACACUCAGUUAUGACCCUGCAAAACAAGUGUGUGUUUACAGCACCGUGGCAGAUUCAUGUCAUUACAACAAGCCCAAUGUAAAUAUCACAGUAGUGCCACACUGUGCUAACCAAACCAAGGAUGAUGUGCUUUUCCUUUUCGACUCUUCAUCUAGCAUCGCCUAUACGGACUACCAGAUACAGCUGAACUUUGCUUCAAAUUUGACCACGAAAUUCAGUUUGGGCGCCUCCUUGGCGCAGUUUAGUGUCGUUGUCUUUUCUAUAGUCGCACAAAGCAUGUUCCCAUUCAACCGUUACUAUGACCACCAUGAUUUAGAAAAAGCCAUUAUGAACACGACGUAUGUUGGAUCAACCACUAACACUGCCGAAGCACUAGACUUUGCAAGGACCACUUCUUUCAGCUCUGCAAACGGUGCCCGCUCAGGGGUCCCUCAGAUGGCAGUGGUCCUGACUGACGGGCUGUCAAACGAUCAAGACCUUACCAAGAUAGCAGCCGAUAAAUUAAAGGCGAAUAGCGUUGAAGUUUUAGCCAUAGGAGUUGGCAACUUUAGCCAAACUGAGCUGAACGCCAUUGCCAGUGGACCACAGUUUGUAAAACAAGUAGAUAGACACACCUCGUUGCCAUUGUUAGCAGAGGAAGUGUACAUCCUAAUGUGCAAUGCCGCUCAGAACCAUUGUGACAAAGCAGACGUCAUAUUUCUUCUGGAUUCUUCUAGCAGUAUCGGGUAUGCCAACUACGUGGAGCAGCUUCGGUUUGCAGCCGACAUUACACAGAAUUUUAGAAUUGGACCAGACGAUGUCAGGUUUGCCGCUUUGAUCUACGGAUCAGACGUUCAUCGACUUUUUGACCUGGAUUCUUUCUUUGACCACAAUUCAGUCUACCAGGCUAUAACUUCAGCAACCUAUUUGUCCAGCAGUACCAACACAGCAGAAGCUCUGAGACUUAUCACAGACUUAUCGAUGUUUAGUACGGCACGUGGAGGCCGAACCGGGGCCAAGAAAAUUGUUAUCACAUUGACUGAUGGAAUGUCUGACGAUCCCGUAGCGACUAGACAGCGAGCCGACGAGUUGAAACAGAGAGGUAUUAGGUUCAUGUCCAUUGGAGUUGGUAAUUCUGUGGACAUCGAUGAAUUGACAGUGUUAUCAAGCUCCAGUGAUGAUAUGUUCUGCGUAGAGAGUUACCAGGUCAUUGACAAACUCAAAGAUGAAAUUGUUAGUUCCACAUGUCAGCAAAAUCAAGUCCAGGUCGGAAAUAAUACAAUAACGGUUGGCUACACUGAUCCUUGGGGUCUAUGCAGAGAACAGAAUUGGGAAAACGGAAUUCACGCCUUUCCCUUCGACUGCACCAAGUACAUAGAGUGUGUGUUUCUCCUCACCUACGUCAUGACCUGUCCUAUUGGCUUAGUUUACGACCCAUUGAAGAAAACGUGCCUCGAGCCUUUUAAUGCAGUCGACUGCAAAACAUAUAACGACUACAAACCAGUAAACAAUUACAGAUCUGUGAUUGGCAAGCGCAACGUUGUCAAUGCCGCCAGUUGCAGCUACUUAAUGGGCGGUUCAUUGCAGACUCCAUUUCCCUACAUAACAACAACAUCCGGAUAUAACGCUUACACCACAAGUACAACACUUUCAGCAGAGUUUACUGUCUGCUCGAGUGCCGCUGAUGUACUCUUAAUCCUGGACUCCUCUGGAAGUAUCGGAUCUUACGACUACGCCAUUCUGUCCAACUUCUCAGCAGAACUGUCCAAAGGCUUUCGGAUUGGCCCUGACAAAAUCCAAUUCAGUGCCAUCCUCAUCGAAAGCAGCGCCCGGAACGUCUUCAAUUUCAACACGUACAACAACAACGCCGAUGUUGCUCAGGCCCUACUGAAAAUUCCGUACAUCUCCGGCGGCACAAACACAGCCGAUUCCUUGAACUAUGCAAGGACGACUUCCUUCAGCACAGCCCACGGAGCCAGACCCAAUGUCGGCAAGGUCGCUGUGGUCAUCACAGACGGAAACUCAAACGAUCCACUCCUGACUGCCCAAGCUGCUGCGGCCCUCCAGCAAAGCGGCGUGACCACCAUUGCUGUGGGGGUCGGUAGCUCCAUUUCACAAUCUGAGCUCCUGGCCAUAGCCUCGUCUCCUAGCAACGUUUUCAAUGUCACAGACUUCUCUGUGCUGGACGCUAUUAAGAAGGGUCUUGUCCAGACAGCAUGUCACAGUACAGUUGCCAAUAAUAUUUGUGCUACAUAUCAGCUGCUGAAUGGUAACUACCCUGAUCCAUCCAAUUGCCAAGGGUACGUGGAAUGUUCAAACGGAGUUACAAUCCAUGGAAACUGUCCUAAUGGGAUGGCCUUCAAUGUCGCCAGUAAUGGCUGUAUGGAGGUUCACAGCGUCAACUGUAACGACAAUGCAAAUUAUCAUUUUAUUGUCUAAAUACUGUUUGGAUGCUACGUGAAGAGUAAGACAACAUCUAGAAGCCGUGAGUUUUAAGAGGGUGAAGACUAUCGGUCAAUGAAAGUGACUAAACCUACUGUACGUAUCAUUGGACUGAUUAUACAGUGUUGACUAAUGAGGCAGAGAAUGUUUCAACCCAUGUAUGCAUUAUUAAUUCCCUCUCUAUUUAUUUUUAAUUGUUUUUAAUUAUGUAAAUAAAAUCUGGUUAUCGAAUUAUAAAAUUAUAAUAAGCAAA